AUGUCUAAAUAUUUGGCACUUCUCGCAUUUCUAGCGGAGAAUCCACUGCGCUCAAUACUGGAACGCUUUCAAACUAAUUAUAAGAAAGAGGAUAAAAAAGCAGCUUUCGAAGAACUUUUCCAUGACCUAUAUCCGUAUGGUAGUAUGAGUGGUGCACACCAGGGAUUACCAUUAAUAUUUUUCGAAUCUACGGAGAGAGCUAUCUCAAAUGAACAAUAUGAUCUCUCCAUUUUUAAUCAUAUCAUUUACGCAAUAAACCAAAACUACGGGGAUCCCUUCAUUUUACAAACUUGCAUCAACGUCUAUAGAAUCCUAUCAUACGGUGUGCUUGAUUCUGUUCCCUUUAAAAAAAUCAUAGCCUCAAUGAAUGAUACGUGGAAUCUCUAUACACACGGAGUUCCAAGUCGUUAUUUUAGUUUUCACCACUUUCCCAGGUCAGUGAUUGAUUUGGAGCUGAGAUCCCGAAAUUUUACAUGUGUUUCAAGUUUCUGGGAUAGAUUUUUCGAAGGGAAAGCCUGGUCUGAUCAGACAAAGCGUAUAUGGGAGAGCUAUAAAAAUUAUAAAGAUAACAAUAACCCCAAAAAUAUACCUCUUAAUUUGGCUGAGCAAGGAGUAUGGGAUUGGAUCGCUUCAUUUAACAAUCUAUUUUUAAGCCAGCUUUCAGAAUUUCCAUCACUACCAUCAGAGCAAUUUCCAGCCCUCAUUCGAAAAAAGAAUGAUCUCCCCCUUAGCGGAAAAAUAUCUCUUUCAUCAAACAUUGGAGGAUUCUCUAGAGAUAGACGUCAGGGACAGAUUGAUUUCCACAUCACAAGUAUCUGUGAGGACUUUAUUCUUCCUCGAUGGAAAGAAGUGCGGGUGAUAGGUGGUCUCUCCGGAAAACCUGUAGAAGAUAGAAGGGGAACCAGGUUUAUCCAACUGGCAGCUUUUGUUCGGGAAACUUUUUAUCAGCAACCACUCCGGCGGUUUGUGCACGGAUUCUACUUGUUCGACAAGGUUAUUGAGUUCUGGCUGAUUGAUCGAACUGGUGCAUACAGCUCGGGCUUUAUAAGUAUCGAAAAUGAUGAGCAAGUAUUGGUUCGUGCCAUCUGCUCAUAUUUACUGAUGAGUGACGAAGAAGUGGGUCUCGAUACAACAAUUCGCAAAGUUGAUGGACGGUCCAUUAUUACAAUUGAUGAUGGUGAGCCCGGGCUGACCAGAGAGAUUGAGAUCAACCCCAAACCAAUCAUCCGGUCAGAAAAACUGAUAUCAUCUGGCACCGCCUGCUACCGCUCAGUUGACGAGAAAUUUCUGGUCAAAUAUUCGUGGCACAAGGUUCACGGGAAAUCCGAAAUUGAUUUACUGAAAGAAGCUCUCCAGGUCAAGGGUGUAAUCAAUCUGGUGGCGUCAGAAACAAUUCACAAACUAAGUGAUGUCUGGGAAGAUUUAUCAGCUUUUGUUCCUAAAAAAUGGUACACAAUGGAACACGAGGAAUCGUUAAAUGACUCUGAAGGAAAGGAAAUAGAUAAAUAUGGGGUAAUGAAUGAUUAUGAAAUGACUAGAGCCGUUCUAUCACCAUACGGACGUCCCCUUAAAUCCUGUACAUCGGUAUUACAAUUUCUUAUUGUCAUACGAGAUGCACUUAUGGGGCACCGUGGCCUAUAUAACAAGAAAAUUAUUCAUAGCGAUAUUUCCGAAGAUAAUAUCAUUAUAGUGGCACCAACAGCGGACGAUAGAUCAAGAGGGAUGUUAAUAGACUUGAAUGUUUCAAUCUCGGACCAUGACACUUGUAAGACGAGCACACUUGAGUAUCCCGUGGGCAAAUUAAAGUUUAUGGCUCUUAAACAAGUGGAGAUGUGGGUAGGAAAUAUAGAUGAUCGGGAUUAUAACUUCAAUUCAUCUUAUAUUUUCGAUCUAGAAUCAUUUUUUUACGUGUUUCUAACAGGAUGUGUAGAAUAUGGACGAGACCCUGAUCUUCCAUUGCACAACUUAAAUUCAUGGCGCGCGAAGUACAUAGAUGAUACCCUUCAAAAUAAGCUUGAAGAUAUCAACGAGAAUUUUGAGAACUUUAUCAACACCAAGCUCUCAAGCAGUUUCGUUGAUAUCAGAAAUUUGGCCCUGAAGUUGCGUAAGAUAAUGUUUGGCAAUGCUGAAGAUUGUUACGAAUAUGUCUGCAACUCUAAUUUGGUGUACAAGGAGAUGAUCAAUGCAUUUAAUAGAACCAUUGGAAAAAUUGAAGAUUUUGGACGUAGAAGAAGAAUUAACAUUAUAAUUAUAUCUAGCAAGAUUCUUAUUGACUUUAUGCAUUUACAGGAUCCAUCAGCAAAGGCGGAAAAGCUUUUGGGCUUUUGA